AUGAAGGCAUUACUAAAUUCCCUGUGCGGUAAACUAGCACAAAACGAAGACACUAGCAUGGUAUCAUUUGUAGACAGUCUAGAUGACUUGUUGGAAAUGGUAAAUGAUUGUAGUAUUGACGUGACCUCGUUGGAUUUUAUUAGCGAUAAUAUUGCUAGAACAACACAUAGAAAAGGUGCAUCUUUGAUACCACUUUCCAAUAGAAAUGUUAUUAUUGCAUCAUUUGUCACAGCAUAUGCACAAUUAGAGUUGUUCGAAGUACUAAACAAACUUGGUGAAAGCAUGCUCUACUUUGAUACAGAUUCUGUGAUAUACGUAGAAGAUAAAAAAGGGGCAUACCAUAGAAACAGGUCAAUAUUUAGGAGAAAUGACUGA